AUGCCUCCACCGGUCCGGACUGACAUUGAGCCCAAGCUGGAAGACGUACCAGUCAACAAGAUCACCAGCUUCCAUGGCAGACUGCAGCAAUACCUGCACGGGAUAAAUGCAGCGCAAGAAACCACAGAGACACAGAGCACCAGUAUAUCGAAUCAACGCACCGACACCAAAGACGAACAAACCAUAUCAACAAUCGCCAUCCCAGCAAGCACAAGCUCUCCCUCCAAGCGCAGGAAAGCAGCAACAAAUACAAUGACAACCAAAAUCACCCGCUCCCGAUCCUCCUCAAGCCAAAUCGAACCCUCCCCGAAACGCAGACGGAACACCCCGCAACCAGCAAUCCCAAUAACGGGCCCAACAGCGACAGAAUCCGCACUCCGCGACACAAUCCCGGAAAACCUCAUUCUCCUCCUGGUAGGCGUAAACCCAGGCAUAAUGACAGGAAUAACGGGUUACGUCUACGCGCAUCCCUCAAACCUAUAUUGGAAACUACUCCAUUCCUCAGGAAUAACGCCCAUCCGCCACAUCCCCGCAGACACCUAUAAACUACCGGAAUUAUAUAGCGUGGGCAACACGAACAUUGUGGAAAGACCCACGCGCGAUGCGAGCAUGCUCACGCGCGCGGAGAUGGACGCCGGUGUGCCAGUUCUCGAAGCUAAGGUUGCUGCACAGAGACCUGAGGCUGUUUGUCUUGUUGGGAAGAGUAUUUGGGAGGCUGUUUGGAGGGUUAGACAUGGGAGGGGGAUUCGGAAGGAGGAGUUUCGGUACGGGUGGCAGGGGGAGGCGGAGAAUAUGGGCCGCGUUGAAGGAGAGGGUGGAUGGGCUGGUGCGCCUGUGUUUGUGGCCACUACUACUAGUGGGCUUGCGGCUGGUAUGAAGCCCGUGGAGAAGGAGGCUGUUUGGGCGGAGUUGGGGAAGUGGGUUGUCUCACGGAGGAAGGAGAGGGAGGGGUUGAAGGUGGAACCUGAGCUGAGUGUCGUAUAG